GGAAACCUAAGCGCAAUAGCGCAUGUAGUGUGCACGCGCGGGCAUCUGUGACCGGAGGAGCGUCAAAUAAUCACAAAACAUGAACACAUUCAGAAAUUAAAGUGGUUCAGGAGCAGUUCUUGAUUUUAAAGUGAUUAACACUCCAAGAAUGUGUACAGAGAGUGUGUAAAAGAGAAGUUAAGGACACAGAUGCUUCCAUCAAUCCUGAAGAACUGCUGAUACACUCCAGAAACAUCUUUCUCAGCUCGACGGGUGUCAUGACAACCACAACACACAGACAAGCAUCUGGAGACGGGAGCGAGAGGACCAGAUCUCAAUACAAAUGAGCUUUAAAACUCCAGAGAAUUCCACGACUUCAUGAAAGCGUCUCCUGGGUUGAAUGAGGAGAAACUACAGUAAACGCUCACAGAACUGAACAUCACACAUGACAGAACUGAAGAUGAUAACAUUGACCCUGUCGAUGAAGAAAUGCUUUGAUUCUGUGUUUAAUGUUGAAUCUGAUAUAUAUGUGCAUUAUAUUUGAUAUUUGAUUAUAUCUAAACAUAUGCAAUAGUUUGAGUUUUGCUGUUGAUAUUCAUUUAAGAUUUUGUUUAAGUCUAGAUUCUAUUAAGGGUUAGUUCACCCAAAUAUGUAUAUUCUGUCAUAAUUUACUCGCCUUCAAGUUGUUUCAAACCUGUUUUAAUUUCUUUGUUCUGAUGAGGAUGGAGGAAGAUAUUGCGAAGAAUGUCAGCAACGGAUAUUUGGUGCACCAUUGACUACCAUACAGGAAAAAAAUAUUGUAUGUUUUUUGUAUAUUUAUCAUAUAAAAUAUUGUCUAAUGUGUUUAACAGAACAAAAAAAUAUACAAUAUUAUAAUUUAUAUUUCAAAGGAUUUAGGAAAACGAACAGUUCUGUGGCACCUUUGACUGCCAUUUUUGACUACCCCGGAAAUCUCAGUUGCUUAUAUUCUUUGUGUUCAACACAGCAAAGAAAAUGAUGAAGAAACUACUUGAGGAAUGACUCAUUCAUGACAGAAUCUUUAUUUUUGGGUGGACUGUCUCUUUAAUGUCAGCAACAGCUUUGACAUCUUUUAUUGUCUAGAUGAACACAAGCAGGCGUUCUUCUGCAGGACAAAGCUGUGAUUGUGUGUUUGUAUCGAUCAGAGAUGGAGAUCAUGACCGCUGGACACUUCUGCCCUCCGGCACAUUCCACCCACUGCUACACACACAGACACACUGUUGAACUCACGAGAGUGAGAGAGAGAUGGAGGAGAUGACAGAACAACAUCAAACUGCUGUGGAGAUCAAGACAACAACAUCAUACAGUUCGUUCUGAUCUCUUCGGUUGUUCUGGAUCAUGAGUGGUAGUAUGGCCCUCUCUGUCUGAGCAAACUGCUCCAGCUUUCACAGGUGUGAUGUCUUCUCCAGACCGCAGGUUUCAGCUCUUUCCAUAGAUCUUCAGGAUUCAGAUCAGACUCAUAGGAGACACUUCAGAAUAGUCACAUGUUUUGUUCUUCUCCAUUCUUGGGUGAUUCCAGCUUUGUGUUUUGGGUCUUCAUCCUGUUGGAGGACAUGACCUGCAACUGAGACACUGGACAGUGAAUGGCCGUUGGGAGACGAGAGUCUGGACGCGUCAGAGGAAGAGAAGUAUGAGGAGCUGUGGGAGCGAGUGGAAGGAGUCCGACACAAACUCACUCGCCUGUUAAACCCGGCAAAACUCACCCCGUACCUGCGUCAGUGCAAAGUCAUCGAUGAGCAGGAUGAAGACGAGGUGCUGAACUCCAGUCAGUUUCCACUGAGAAUCAGUAAAGCUGGUCGUUUAUUGGACAUUCUGAGGGGGCGUGGCCAGCGGGGUUUACAGGCCUUCAUGGAGUCACUGGAGUUCUACCAUCCUGAACAAUACACACAAUUCACAGGAGAACAACCCACACAACGCUGUUCCAUCAUGCUCGAUGAGGAGGGUCCGGAGGGUCUGACUCAGUUUCUGCUGGUUGAGGUGCGUAAGUUGCGUGAGCAGUUGCGUAUGAGUCGUUUGUGUGAACGGCGUUUCUCUCAGCGGUGCCGUGUGGCCGAGGAGGAGCGCAGCCGAUCUGAACGCAAAGCAAAAGAGCUACAACAGGACAGAAUACAACUGGAGAGGCUGAGGCAGGAUUGGGAGUCUGGUAGUCGUGAGUUGGGUUUACUGAAGGAGAGACUUCUGGAUCAGACGGUGAAGUACUCACGAGUGUUAGAGGAACAACGCAGAUCUGCUGCUCGUGAGAGAGAGCUGGUCACUGAGGUGGAACAGCUGAGGAGGAGACUGCAGGAGGUGGAGAAACCAAACGAUGUUGACUCCACCCCCUCUCUUACCCAUCAGGUGUGUGGCCACACCCCCUCAGUGCUGGAGGAAAAACCCAAACCCCCUGAGAGGAACAGAGGGUGUGUCUCUGGAAAUCAGGCUCUGUUGGAUAUUCUCCAGCAGGAUCGGAGAGAAGCCACUGAGCAGAGACAAGAGUUGUGCUGUUCUAUUGCUAGACUGCAGGGGGAUCUGGACACCUCAGAGGCACAGAGAGAUAAGUUGGCGUCUCAGUGUGAGCAGAUGCAUCUGAGGGUCAGGACUCUACAGUUGGACUGGGAGACAGAACAGAGACGAUGUGUGUCCUAUUUCAACCAGAUCAUGGAGCUGGAGAGAGAGAGAGACCAGGCUCUGCGCAGUCGUGACAGUCUGCAGCUGGAGUUCACAGACUGCCUGCUGGAUAAGAACCGUCUGCGCAAACGUAUCGCAGAGCUGGAGAGCAGUUUAGAGCAGCUGCAGAGAGAGACGGAGAGAAAUCAGGAGAAGAGAGAGCAGAGCGCCACCUGUCUGAACUGUUCUCACGUGUCGUUGUUCAGUGAGGAUCAGUGUUUUGGGCCCUGCUGUUCUGGAGAUCUGAGCCCCAGUUUACACACACGUGGAGCUCACUGGAAGUCGCUCUCUGGAGCUCAAAACAGUGAACAGUUUGAAGACACUUGCUGUUCAAAUUCACCGGAGUUUAACACAGAAAAGGACAUCAACAGACUGUCUACAUUUCCAUUUCCACCCUGUAUGAACUCUAUCAACCGCAGAGUGAACAUAGAAUUUGAUUUGAAUUCUCUGGGGAGUGAUGACAUCGAGCCCAAUGCAGAAGAUUUAGAUUCGUCUCUGUGCAGUUCGUGGGGUUCUCUACCGUCUCAGCUCCUUCCUCCUGAUCUGAGCAGUGUGACUCCACCCACCCCAUUCAAACCAUCAUCAUCAUCACUGGGAUUGACUCCUGUAACGUCUUCCUCUUCCAGAAGCCUCAGUCUGGCUGAUGACAUCACUCUCGUGGGGGGCAACCGGACAGGUGUAUUUGUUCAGAGUGUGAAGGGGGGCUCAUGUGCGGAGCGGUGCGGUCUAAGAGAGGGCAGUGAGUUACUUGAGCUGGAUCAGGUGCUGUGUGCGGGGGGUUGUGUUCUUCUACAUCAGUGCACUGCUGAAGUGGCUCAUUUCUCUCUGCGAUGGUGGACAGAACCGGACUCACUGAAACACACACACAACCAACAGAAAUAUUCUGAUUUAAGCGCUGAACUCUCGUCUCCUGAUUUCACUGGUGCUGAUUCCUUCUAUGUGCGUGUGAACCUUGACCUCUGUUCCCACGGCGACCCCCCAUGUCUCAAUGUUCACUGCGAUGAUGUGCUGCAUGUCACUGACACGCGUUACAACGGAAAAUAUCAGUGGCGCUGCGUCCGUGUGGACAAACACACCGCCAAAGCACUGCAGCCCGGAGCCGUGCCCAACUACAACAGGGCUCAGCAGUUGUUGUUAGUGAGACUCCGCACGAUGGCGCUGGAGCAGAAUCACUACAGGAGAAUGUUCUCUAAGAAAACUCCUGAGCGUGUUCGUCUGAUUAAAGCAGUCGCAUCAAACUAUCGUGCCAUUGGCUCGUCCGCUCCCGUGCUCUACACACUCAGUAACCGUCACGAGGAGCAGUUGAUUCCCUACAGUCUGGUUCAGAUGAUUCACGUGUCCAGUAAGCGUCCGGUGAUUUUCUCACCGUCUGUUCUGUCCCGCGCGAUCAUCGAGAGACUCCUGCAGCCGGCAGAAUCCGCUCUGGACUUUGACACCUGUCAACCGGGAAUGAAUGAAAUGUGUGCAGAGCCGCUGGAGGGAUGUGUGCGUGAGGAUCGAAGCCUGUUCCUCUUAAACUCUUCAGAUCAAAUCAUGGGAAUCAAACUACAGAGUGUUCAAGAGGUUAUAAACCAGGAGAAACACUGUCUGCUCCCGCUGGCCGUGAGCUCUGUAGACAAUCUUCUGAAGCAAAGCAUCUAUCCCAUCAUCAUCUACAUCAAACCCAAAGAUAAGAAAGGCAGAAAAUUCAGGAAGUUGUUAUCGGGCUGUAGGGAGGAGGAGGUGAUGCAGGCGUGUCAGAUUGAGGAGCUGCAGUUAGAGACUCUUCCUCUGAUGUUCUGUACGGUCGAGCCCAACACUUGGACCAGCACUGAAGAUCUUCUGUCUGUCCUGCGCAGCACAAUCCUGAUGCAGCAGAGGUCUGUGGUGUGGCUGGAGCAGGACCGCAUCCAGCAGACCUGAACAUCUUCUUUUAUCUCUCAUUAUUGGAGGGAUGUUUCAAAACAGAUUGCUUACUGAUUAUAGAUGCUUUCAUCUUGACAAACAUUACUGCACAUGCGCACUUUUGUGAGCCCCAUAUGAACUUCCGGUACACAUUCACAAACAAUAGAGCGCAUGUAGAUUCAUUCUGAUAACAAAUCAAAAGAAACUGAGAAGCAUUACUUGACUAAACUUCUAAACCUCUUCAGUAUUUUGAAUUUAGACUGCGAUACCAAGCUCAACCUCUAGAUGUCAUUGUACCAUAUUUUUCUUUAAAUAAACUAGAGGACCCAUUUAACAUUGUUUAUUUCAUAAAAUGAACAUACUACAAAUUAAUAGAUCGUUUAUUUUAUACAAUUAUUAUACACAUAAAAUAAUAAUAUAAAUGGAUAAAUAAAACUAUUUUAGACACUAACCGAACACAAACUGGAAGUUAACUGGGGGUCAGGUGCACACGCGUCUGAUGAAACAAUCUAUAUGACUCAAUUAUAAUGUGAACCCUGUUCGUAUGUUUUAUAUAUUUUACAUUUUGUAUAUCAAGCAAGUGCGUAUCUUAUAUCAGCUGUUUAAGUUACAGUAUUGAACUGACUUUAGUCUGAGCCUCACAUGUCCACAAGCACAACUGAACAUUUCACUUUUUGAAUCACUUCAGAACACAAAAGAAGAUAUUUUGAAGAAUGUCUAUAACUCCUUUGACUUCCAUUGAAUGUACAGAAAACCACCAAGAUAUUCCUCAAAAUAACUUAUUUUGUGUUCUGUUGAAGAAAGACAUACAGGUUUACAAACCCACGAGCGGAAUAAAAGAUGACCGAAUGUUUGUCUGAACUAUUCUGGCACAUGACAACAUGUCAGUAAAUGUUUCGAUAACUGUGAUUAUAAAAACAAAUGUGAUUCAUUUUGUAAUGAAAUUAUUCCUCAAUAAACACUGUAAAAUCA